CCAAAUAAGAAUUGACGUGUAAAUAAACGAUGGCUAGCUAGCCAGCUAGUUACGAAUAAUGUGAUUACCUAUCUUCUUCGAGUUUACAUUUCUGUCAACGUAGGGAUUUUGGUAUUUUGCAUUAUCAAGUAGCUAAGCAACCAUCCUGUAGAAAAGCAGACACGAUUGGAGGCACGAUUCAUAGACAAGUAACGUUAAGUAGACUGCUAUUUGGCUGCUGGCAUUUCUCCCAGUGAGUUGUGAGUGGAAAUGCUGUGAAUAAUGAAUGGCCUUAACCCCGAGUUGUCAGUCCGUGGUGAAGCUGGAAAAGAUGCUGUCAACAAAUUCUAUGAGAUGGUUACUGCAUUGACUGGUGGCCAGCCUCCAGUUGUAAUGAAACACAAGGAGCUGCAUUUUGUUCACAUCAGACAGGGAGGGCUCUAUUGGGUUGCCACGACGAAAGCUGAUGCCUCUCCCUUCACCAUCAUCGAGUUCCUAAAUAGAUUAACAGCCCUGGUUAAGGACUACUGUGGUUGUCUGUCAGAGAAGUCUGUCCAGAUGAAUUUUGCUCUCAUUUAUGAGCUGUUGGAUGAGGUAUUGGACUUUGGUUACAUUCAGACGACCUCUACUGAUGUCCUGAAGAACUUCAUCCAGACUGAGGCGGUCAGCUCCAAACCCUUCAGCUUGUUUGACCUUAGUAAUGUGGGGCUGUUUGGAGCAGACACCCAGCAGAAUAAAGUGGCCCCCAGUGCAGCUGCCACACGGCCCAUCGUGUCAAGUCAAGGAGAACAGGGAGGCAAAAAUGAGAUAUUUGUGGAUGUGAUUGAAAGGAUGUCUGUAGUCAUUGGUGCCAAUGGAGUUCUGAUGAAGGCAGACAUUGAGGGAGAGAUCAGAGUGAAGUGUUACAUGCCAAGUUGCUCAGAGAUGCGGAUUGGACUGAAUGAAGAGUUCAGCAUAGGAAAGUCCCAGCUGAGCGGUUAUGGGGCAGCUGUUCGUGUGGAUGAGUGCAGCUUCCACCAGGCUGUCAGGCUGGAUGAGUUUGACACCUAUAGAAUUCUGAAAGUGUGUCCCAGCCAAGGAGAGCAAACAGUGAUGCAAUACCAGUUGUGUGAUGACCUGCCCACAGCCCCUCCAUUCCGUCUAUUCCCUUCUAUAGAGAGGGACAGUGGUGGCAGGUUGUUGAUGUACCUGAAGCUGCGGUGUGACCUGCCCCCAAAGAGCGCUGCUAUUAGUGUUUCUAUUACAAUACCGGUACCCAAGGGCUCGCUUCGUCUCUCUCAGGAGUUGAGCAGCCCAGACCAGAGUGCUGAGCUGCAGCCAAAAAACAAGGCUGUCCAUUGGGAGAUCCCUCGCUUCCCUGGGGGCGCACAGCUCUCCGCCCUGUUCAAGCUGGAGGUCUCUGGCCUUAGCGCUGCCUCGUUACAGGAAGUGGGACCGGUCAGUCUGAGCUUUGAGCUGCCGAAGUACACCUGCACAGGACUGCAAAUUAGAUUCCUCCGCCUGUCCCCGAUACAGCCUGGACCGUCGCAACGUUGGGUCCGCUAUGUAACCCAUUCAGACUCGUAUACCAUCCGUAUCUGAUACGGACAUACAGUACAUACACACACCAUUGAUCAGUCAGACUCUGGCUUACUCUCAGUACAGAUGUGAGCCCCGAUCUUGACUGCCUGAAAACGUCAAGGGACUUUUGUAUCAUAUGUUUAUUCUGUAUAUGGCGGAGUGACCCAAUACAAAUCUACUACAUCAAAAGGUUA